AUGGCCUGUCCCUGGCAGUUCUUGUUCAAGGCCAGAGCCUACCGGUUCGACUUGACCAAGGAAACAGACAUCAACAACAAUGUGGGGAAAGCCAGCCAGGUCCCCUCCAGUCUAGUGACACAGGAUGACCCCAAGUAUCAUGGCCUCGGCAAGCACCGGAAUGAGUCCCCCCAGUCCCUCACAGGGACGGUCAAGACGUCUCCAGAAUCCCUGAUCAAACUGGAUGCGCCCCCAUCGGUCUGCCCGCGACAUGUGAGGAUCAAAAACUGGGGCAGUGGGAUGACCUUCCAAGACACACUUCACCACAAGGCCAAAGGGUAUCUUGCUUGCAAGUCCAAGUCUUGUCUGGGAGCCAUCAUGAACCCCAAAAGUUUGACCAGAGGACCCAGGGACAAGCCUACCCCCCCAGACGAGCUCCUACCUCAAGCUAUUGAAUUUGUCAACCACUAUUACAGCUCCUUCAAAGAGGCAAAAAUAGAGGAACAUCUGGCCAGGGUGGAAGCGGUAACAAAGGAGAUAGAAACAACAGGAACCUAUCUGCUGACGGCGGAUGAGCUCAUCUUUGCUACCAAGCAGGCCUGGCGCAACGCCCCCCGCUGCAUCGGGAGGAUCCAGUGGUCCAACCUGCAGGUCUUUGAUGCCCGGAGCUGUUCCACUGCCAAGGAAAUGUUCGAGCACAUCUGCAGACACCUGCGUUAUGCCACCAACAACGGCAACAUCAGGUCGGCCAUCACUGUGUUCCCCCAGCGGAGCGAUGGGAAGCAUGACUUCCGGGUCUGGAAUGCUCAGCUCAUCCGGUAUGCCGGCUACCAGAUGCCGGACGGCACCAUCCUGGGGGACCCCGCCAGCGUGGAGUUCACUCAGCUGUGCAUCGACCUGGGCUGGAAGCCCAAGUACGGCCGCUUCGAUGUGGUGCCCCUGGUGCUACAGGCGGAUGGCCAGGACCCUGAGUUCUUUGAAAUUCCGCCUGACCUUGUGCUCGAGGUGCCCAUGGAACAUCCCAAGUAUGAGUGGUUCCGUGAGCUGCAGCUGAAGUGGUACGCCCUGCCUGCAGUGGCCAACAUGCUGCUCGAGGUGGGUGGCCUCGAGUUCCCAGGGUGCCCCUUCAACGGCUGGUACAUGGGCACGGAGAUCGGGGUCCGGGACUUCUGUGACGUUCAGCGCUACAACAUUCUGGAGGAAGUGGGCAGAAGGAUGGGCCUGGAAACGCACAAGCUGGCCUCACUCUGGAAGGACCGGGCUGUCAUUGAGAUCAAUGUUGCUGUGCUCCACAGCUUCCAGAAGCAGAAUGUGACCAUCAUGGACCACCACUCAGCUGCAGAGUCCUUCAUGAAGUACAUGCAGAACGAGUACCGCUCCCGAGGGGGCUGCCCGGCUGACUGGAUUUGGCUGGUCCCCCCGAUUUCUGGGAGCAUCACUCCUGUGUUCCACCAGGAGAUGUUAAACUAUGUCCUGUCCCCUUUCUACUACUACCAGGUGGAGGCCUGGAAAACCCACACCUGGCAGGACGAGAAGCGGAGACCCCGGAGAAGAAAGAUUCCGUUCAAAGUCUUGGUUAAAGCUGUGCUCUUCACCUCCAUGCUGAUGCGCAGGACCAUGGCGUCCCGAGUCAGGGCCACAAUCCUCUUUGCGACGGAGACAGGAAAGUCUGAAAUGCUGGCCCGGGACCUGGGGGCCUUGUUCAGCUGUGCCUUCAACCCCAAGGUCCUCUGCAUGGACGAGUACAAGCUGAGUCAUCUGGAGGAGGAGCAGCUGCUUCUGGUGGUGACCAGCACGUUUGGGAAUGGAGACUCGCCCGGCAAUGGAGAGAAACUGAAAAAAUCUCUCUUCAUGCUGAAAGAGCUUACCAACAAGUUCAGGUAUGCUGUGUUCGGCCUCGGCUCCAGCAUGUACCCUCAGUUCUGUGCCUUUGCUCAUGACAUCGACCAGAAGCUGUCCCAUCUGGGGGCCUCUCAGCUCGCCCCAACAGGGGAGGGGGACGAGCUCAGUGGACAGGAGGAAGCCUUCCGCAGCUGGGCCGUGCAGACCUUCAAGGCAGCCUGUGAGAUGUUCAAUGUGCGAGGCAAACACAGCGUUCAGAUCCCCAAGCUCUACACCUGCAAUGUGACCUGGGACCCACAGCACUACAGGCUCGUGCAGGACUCGCGGCCUCUGGACCUCAACAAAGCCCUCAGCAGUAUGCACGCCAAGAACGUGUUCACCCUGAGGCUCAAAUCACAACGGAAUCUACAGAGUCCCCAAUCCAGCCGCACCACCCUCCUGGUGGAGCUUUCCUGUGAGGACAGCUGCGGGCUGAGCUACAUGCCCGGAGAGCACCUCGGGGUUUGCCCGGGCAACCAGCCAGCCCUGGUGCGAGGCAUCUUGGAGCGAGUGGUAGAUGGCCCUGCACCCCACCAGCCUGUGCACCUGGAGACGCUCAGUGAGAGUGGAAGCUAUUGGGUCAGAGACAAGCGGCUGCCCCCGUGCUCACUCAGCCAGGCCCUCACCUACUUCCUGGACAUCACCACCCCCCCUACCCAGGUGCUGCUCCGAAGGCUGGCACACCUGGCCACGGAAGAGGCCGAGAGGCAGAGGCUGAAGACCCUGUGCCAGCCCUCAGAAUACAACAAGUGGAAGUUCACCAACAGCCCCACAUUCCUGGAGGUGCUAGAGGAGUUCCCAUCCCUGCGGGUGUCUGCUGGCUUCCUACUCUCCCAGCUCCCUAUUCUGAAACCCCGGUACUACUCCAUCAGCUCCUCCAGGGACCGCACACCCACGGAGGUCCACCUCACGGUGGCUGUGCUCACCUACCGCACCCGAGAUGGCCAAGGUCCCUUGCACCAUGGUGUCUGUAGCACAUGGCUCAGCAGCCUGAAGCCCCAAGACCCAGUACCCUGCUUCCUGAGAAGUGCCGGCAACUUCCAGCUCCCUGAGGACCCCUCCCAUCCUUGCAUCCUCAUCGGACCUGGCACAGGCAUUGCCCCCUUCCGUGGUUUCUGGCAGCAGCGGCUCCAUGACACCAAGCACAAAGGGCUCCAGGCCGGCCGCAUGACCCUGGUGUUCGGGUGCCGCCGCCCAGAUGAGGACCACCUGUAUCAGGAGGAGAUGUUGGAGAUGGCCCAGAAUGGAGUGCUGCAUGAGGUGCACACAGCCUAUUCUCGCCUGCCUGGCCAGCCCAAGGUCUAUGUUCAAGACAUCCUGCAGCAGCAGCUGGCCAGUGAGGUGCUCCGCGUGCUCCAUGAGGAGCAUGGCCACCUUUAUGUCUGUGGGGAUGUGCGUAUGGCCCGGGAUGUGGCCCAUACCCUGAAGCUCCUGGUGGCUGCCAAGCUGAGCCUGAGUGAGGAGCAGGUGGAGGACUAUUUUUUCCAGCUUAAGAGCCAGAAGCGCUAUCAUGAGGAUAUCUUUGGCUCUGUGUUUCCCUAUGUGGUGAAAAAAGAUGGGGCAGCAAGGCAGCCCAGCGAUCCCAGAGUUCCAGCAGCCCACGGGAGUAGUUAA